GUUAAGAUUGCUCCUUUUCUGACCAGAAAUUUGAGAUUGAGAGAAAUGGAGGAGAUGGCUUCUCUAUGGAGCUAUCAAGAGAGCAUUGAUGAAUUGAAGCAAAAGCUUUUGUACACUAUUGUUGAACUUGAGUCCGUCAAAGUGGAAGCAAAUGAGGAAUUGACAAAGAACAAAGAAUAUGUAAAGCAAUUACUCCAACUCCUGACGGCUGCUUGCAAAGAAAGAGAUGAAGCAAGAGAUCAGCUUCAGAAACUAAUCAACAAUGUCAUGCCAUCCACUACACCAACUGAAUUCUUCACCACUCUUCCUCAAAUCCAGUCUGAGAGCCCUCCCAUAAAACCCACCAAAGCAAAAUCAAGCAUAACUGAAUCUCACAGCCUCUCCGAAACAAACAAUUACCAGUCACACGAUUCAUCCCCCGUCAAUUCCUUUUUUGACAUUAUUUCAUCCCCUGAACUCUUAAAUGUUAACAUGGGUGAUUCAAGUAACAUUGCAUUUGUUAACCAGCCUUUGGUUCAGGAGUAUAAUAGCACCAUAUCGACCAAUCUGGUCUCCUCAGGACCUCCAAAAAUUGAUCAAGCUUCUUUAGUUAUCGACAAUCUUGCUAAAGGAAAAACUCUGCCUCAGAAAGGAAAACUCUUGCAGGCUGUGAUGGAAGCAGGGCCACUCCUCCAGACACUUCUUGUUGCUGGGUCGCUUCCUAGAUGGCGUAACCCUCCCCCUCUUCAACCUUUGCAUAUUCCUCCGGUUACCAUCAAAGGUUGUGAUGCUGAAAUUGUUAGUCAGAAACCAGCUGCAGAUUCAAGCCAUGUUGCUUUAAGAUCAUUACACUCACAAUCUUAUGUUGAGAUGUCUUGUGCUUCUUCUCAAAUGCUAUCGACAUCUAUGUUGAAUUUUCCUAAUGGACCCUCUGGAUCAUAUAUGUGCAAUGGGCAAUUGAUAUCUGCAGGAGCUAAUACUCAAAGUUAUAUCCCAGCUGGCAAGCGACAAAGAUUCCAAUGAGAUAACUUUCUCCUUACUUUUUUUUUUUUAAGCAUAAAGCAGAUUUUGGGUGGUUGAUGAUGUAAAUGGGAUAUGCUGUCUUGAGUUCGAAUUACAUAGCUAUUUAGCUUUAUUGCCAGCUUCAAGGCCUUUUGCAUUGUUGUGGUAUGAGUCUCCAGCUCCAAUUCAAUAUAUUUGAACAGUGGUAGAUUCUCCAAAGCUGACAAUAUCAC